CCCAGUGUGUGUGAGUGUGAGUCUGUGGCAGGGGGACACUCGUUAGGCCUCUCUGGAUCUGCCGUUAACCACCCGGACCCUUUAGCUGGUUCUUUGCUGUUUUGGAAGGUUGUUUGUCGCCCUCUGUGCACAUCGCCACCAUCACAUCCAGCUGACAGACGUGUGACACCCCCCCACACACACAACCACCUCACACCCCCGAACCAUGGCACUGUCCUCACGCUUAAAACUGUGGGAGCAGAAGAUAAAGGAGGAAAACAAGCCGGUCGUGACGACGGUACCACCCCCGCCUCUGUCAGUGCUGCCGGGCGGCUUCCUCAAACAGCUGGUCAGAGAUUCAGAGAAAGAGACCAAACACAAAGAGCCAGAGGUCAAAGAGGAAAGGCCACCAAACAAACUGAGCGACAACCUGGUGCAACAGUUCCUCCUCCCAGAUCAAACUCCUCCAAUCCUCGAGGCAGAAAUGUCCCUGCGGGCCGAGCAGCUCAGCAACAACAGCAACAACAGCAAACCUCAAGGAUGCAACUCAGCCCAGCCAGACGGCAGGUCCUCCUCUCAGCACCACAUAGUGACUCCUGACAAAGAUGUAACACUGGAGCCGCCACAGCAGAAGCAGCAACAGCAGGACAAAAGGCCCGAAAAGAAGAUGGAGGAGGACAAGAAGAAGGAGAGGAUGGAGGGAGGCAGGCAGAGCGAGAAGAAAGAGGAGGGGAUGGAGGAGAGGCAGGAGCCCGAAGGAAGGCAGGCGGAGACGCCCCUGUCAGAGAACAGGAGGGAGGUCAGGGACGUGUGGUAUGAAGCUGGAACUGUGUGGUACGUCCACAAGGAUGGUUUCACCCGCGCCACUCAGCUGAAGCCAGAUGAAGGCACGCCAGAGCUGCCUGAGGGCCGAGUGAGGGUCCGCCUGCAGACGGAUGGCACGCUGCGUGAUGCCACUGAGUAUGACGUUGAGAAGUGUAACCCACCUGAGCUGGACCUGUGUGAGGAUCUGAGCGACCUGCAGAGUGUGAAUGAAUGUGGAGUUCUGCACACACUGACCAGUCGAGCUAAAGCCAAUCUGCCGCUGACCCAUGCAGGACCCAACCUGGUCAACUUCUGGCCCCCGUUACAGGCCCACAGCAAGAUCCCAAAGGCACGGCGAGGGGAGUCAGCGUGGGAUGCUCCCCCAGCGCUGGUUGCCCUGGUCAAACGGGUGUAUGUGUCCAUGGUUGGCACCAGGAGGGACCACAGUGUGUGCGCAGUGGGACGCAGCGGGACGGGCAAGACCGCAGCAUGUCAAGCUUUCACACAUGCUCUUCUCAAACAGGCUGGCACCACAGGACAGAACAUCAGCGUGGAGCGCGUCCAGGCUAUGUUCACCAUCCUGAGGUCUUUUGGUUGUGUGAGCUCACAGCACAGCGACGCUUCAUCUCGAUUUGCAAUGGUUUUCUCACUGGACUUUAACCAUGCUGGACAGGCUGCUGCUGGACACCUACAGACCUUGAUGCUGGACAAAUGGAAAGUGUGCCAGAAAACUCAGGGAGAAAGUAACUUCCUGGUCUUCUCUCAGAUGCUGGCAGGACUCAGCACAGAGAUGAGGACCGAGCUGCAGCUGCACCAGCUCUCUGAAUCCAACUCUUUUGGUAUUGUUCAUCCCACUAAGGUGGAGGAGAAGCAGCGUGCGUCCAUUGCCUUCACAAAGCUGCUGAGUGCCAUGGAAACACUGGGCUUCUCAGCUGGAGAGCAGAAGGCGAUAUGGCAUGUUCUGGCUGGUAUUUACCAUCUGGGAGCUGCUGGGGCCUGUAAAGUGGGCAGGAGGCAGUUUGUGAACUUUGAGAGCGCUCAGGUGGCGAGCAAUGUGCUCGGAUGUGAGGGAGAUGAUCUGCACACGGCUGUAUUCAAACAUCAUCUCCGACAGCUGCUGCAGAGGGCCACCGGAGGCAGCAGAGAGAGGAACUCUGUUCCUGAGUCAGAGGAGGGUCCCAGGCUAACAGCUGCUCAGUGUCUCGAUGGAAUGGCUGCUGGACUUUAUGAAGAGCUCUUCACCACCAUCGUCUCACUCAUCAACAGGGCACUGAGCAGCCAGCAGCUGACGUUAGCCUCUGUGAUGGUGGUGGACACGCCGGGCCUGAGGAACCCGAGGCACACUGCAGAGGAAAGAGGAGCCAGCUGGUCCGAGCUCUGCCACAACUACCUGCAAGAAAGGCUGCUGGAGCAUUACCACUCACACACCUUCACGCACACGCUGGAGAGAUACGCUCAGGAGAAGAUCCACGUGGAGUUUGAAUGUCCGGAGAGCAGCCCGGCCGAGGUCGUCUCUGCCAUCGACCACCCACCUCCACAGGUCCGGGCAGCAGAUGGAGACCCCAGAGGUCUGUUAUGGGUUCUGGAUGAGGAGAUGGUGACGCCCGCCUCCUGUGAGAACAGGGCCCUGGAGAGAGUCUGCCAGUAUUACAGCAACAUGGUGCGACAGUGCGAGCAGCCAAUGCAGUGUGAGGUGAACCACCUGAUGGGCUGCGAUCCCGUCCGUUACGACCUGGCCGGAUGGUUCGGCCUCAUCCAGAACAACCCCUCUGCUCUCAAUGCUGUCUGUCUGCUCCAGAACUCCACCAUAGGAGUGUUGAAGGCCAUGUUCACGCCCAGAAUCUCCCUGCCCCCUCUGUGUCGGGGCCUGGGGGGACUGGAGGGUGGUAGCCAGCGCUCUCUGCAGAGGAACGGCACCAUCAGGAAGACAUUCAGCGGAGGAAUGGCAGCGAUACGCAGACACUCCCAGUGCAUUGCAAUAAAGCUGCAGGCAGAUGCACUUGUGAAUCUGAUCCGUAGAGCCAGGCCAGUGUUCCUGCAGUGUGUGAGUGCAAAGACUGACAGUGGAAGUUUUGACAUCCCAGCCCUCAGGGUGCAGCUGCACUCCACUCAGAUCCUGUCAGCUCUGCAGCUGUACCGCACAGGUUAUCCAGACCACAUGACUUUGGGUGACUUCAGGUGUCAUUUCCAGGCUCUGUCACCUCCAAUUAUGAAACGUUAUGCUUCAAUGUUUGUCAGCCACGAUGAGAGAAAGGCGGUGGAGGAGCUGCUGGUUGAGUUGGAUGUGGAUAAAAAGAGCAUCGUCGUGGGUGCCAGCAGGGUGUUUAUGAAGCGAGGUGUGUUGCGCUAUCUGGAGCAGCAGAGGGAGCAGCAGGUCACCGGCUGGCUGGUCCAUCUCCAGGCCGCCUGUCUGGGACAUCUCGCCCGUCAGAAAUAUCGCAGGCUCAAGGUGCAGCAGAUGGCAGUCAGCUGUCUGCAGAGGAACCUGCGGGCUCUCAGGGUCGUGUCCAGAUGGAGUUGGUGGAAGCUUUUCUGCAGAGUGCGUCCUCUCCUUGAUGUCAACAUGGACAAUGAGAGGCUCAGGGCCAAAGAGGAUGAAAUAUCAGCUCUGAGACGACACCUGGAGAAAUCAGAGAAGGAGAGAAAUGAGCUGAGGCAGACUGCAGACAGCCUGGAGACCAAGGUUACAGCUGUGACAUCUGAACUGAGUGAUGAACGUUUCCGAGGCGAUGCGGUGGGGCAGGCUCUGGACGUGGAGAGGGCGGAGAGACUUCGACUCAGCAGGGAGAACAAAGACCUGCAGGCUCGUCUAGACCAGUGUAAGGUGACCAUGGAAACCCUGGAGAAGCAGCUGGAGGAGGAGAAGCAGAAAGCUCAAGCUGUUGAGGGUCAGAGAGGAGCAGUGACAGAGAGUGAGUUGGUCAUGCAGCUGGAGUGCUGCCAGACAGAGGUGGAAUUUGUCCGCAGACGACUGAAGCAGACUGAGGAAAAACUCGAGACGGAGAGACAAACCCGACAACAGCUCGAUGCCAAGGUGGCGACAUUGCAGGCCCAGCUGGAGCAGUCCAGGAGGAGUGUGACAGAGCUGAAACGUCACUGUCGCCAUCUGACCUCUGACCUUCAGGAUGCUCGGGUCCUCACUGACAGUCUGCAGAGCCGCAUGCAUGAACUGGAGCGCAAACAGAGACGGUUUGAUAAUGAGCUGACUCAGGCUCUGGAGGAAGCUGAGAAUGAGCGAGAGCAGAAGGACAAAGCCUUCCAGGAAAACACGGCUCUGGGAUCUGAAAUCUACACACUGCGCCGCAGCCUACAGGAGAGCCAGUCCGAGGUCGGCCGUUUGCAGAAGCAGAAGGAGGAGCUGUGUGCUCAGAUCCGUGACCUCAGCCUGCCCGUUGACCUCGCCUCAGAGUCACUGCCUGACCUCAAGAAGCAGCUUCGCUUCCUGGAGAGCCAGGCCAGUGAGAGAGCAGAGGAAAUCACCAAGCUCACUGCCAAAAUACAGCAGCAGCAACAGAUCCAUAUGCGGUUUGAGAUGGAGAUGGAGAGGAUGAAGCAGAUCCAUCAGAAGGAGCUGGAGGAUAAAGAAGAGGAGUUAGAGGAUGUCCACAAGUCCUCUCAGAGACGGCUGAGGCAGUUGGAGAUGCAACUGGAGCAGGAGUAUGAGGAGAAACAGAUGGUGAUUCAUGAGAAGCACGACUUAGAAGGACUCAUCGCGACUCUGUGUGACCAGGUGGGACACAGAGACUUCGACAUAGAGAAGAAGCUGAGGAGAGAUCUAAAGAGAACUCACGCCCUUCUGGCCGAUGCCCAGCUGCUUCUUGCUACCAUGGAAAGCUCAGGGCAGAGCCUACCCAACGGCAGCAAAGAGCAGAUAGAGCGCCUGCACUUCCAGCUCGAGGAGAGCGAAGCGAGGCGACUGGAGGCUGAAAGCAUUCAGGCGACUCUCUCCCAGGAGCUGGAGAACACUCAGGUGGAGCUGGAAAAUAUCUGCAAGCAGAAAAGUGUGGUGGAUGAACAGUUAGCCCUGCUACAGCAUGAGAAGGUGGACCUGUUGAAGAGGCUCGAGGAGGACCAGGAAGACCUAUAUGAACUUAUGAAGAAGCACAAAGCGCUCAUUGCACAGUCCUCCAGUGAUAUCUCUCAGAUCAGAGAACUACAAGCUGAACUAGAGGAGGCUAAGAAACAGAAACACUCUCUCCAAGAAGAGCUCCAGCAGUCUGUGUCGAGGGUGCAGUUCUUGGAGUCGUCCACUGUGGGGCGCAGCAUUGUCAGUAAACAGGAGGCACGUGUACGUGACCUGGAAAAUAAAUUAGAGUUUCAGAGAGGGCAGGUCAAGAGGUUUGAGGUGCUGGUGCUGCGUUUGAGAGACAGUGUGGUUCGUCUGGGUGAGGAGCUGGAGCAGAGUGCUCAGGCUGAGGCUCGAGAGAGAGAGAAUGCCCGAUACUACCAGCAGCGUCUGCAGGACAUGAGGCUGGAGAUGGAGGAGCUGACCCAGAGAGAGCAGGAGAGCAGCCGCAGACGCAUGGAGCUGGAAAUGCAGGUUGAAGAGCUCACCACUGUCAGGCAGACAUUACAGGCAGACCUGGAGACAUCCAUUCGCCGCAUCGUUGAUCUCCAGGCGGCCCUGGAGGAAGUGGAAUCAAGUGAUGACAGUGAUACUGAAAGUGUUCAAACUGCCGUGGAGUCCUUUACUCAAAAGAAAGACCUUGACUCUGUGUCCAGCGUUGGGACAGAAGAUAUUGGAGAGGGUAUUCGCACCUGGUCAGGCAUUUCUAGAGGAUCCCUCCGUGGUGGCUCUCCUUACAGCAGCCAUAGUGGGCGUCAAUCUGUUGCUGACACCAUGAGCACCUACAGCUUCCGCUCUUGUGUGGAUCCUGGUGAUGAAGGCUCUGAGGCCGGAGGCGUCGGUAGCAGAGGUCUCGGUCGAGCCCCAUCCUCCUCAGCCCUGUCUGAGCUGCUGGAAGGACUUCGUAAGCGCAGAGCUGGUGGUGAUGCAGGAGGUGGAGCUGGCAGUGCUGUGUCCUUGCCCAUUUAUCAAACAACCGGAGCAUCAACUCUCAGACGGAGAGCCUCGGCCCUCUCUCUCAGUCCGGAAGACAUCCAGGAGCCCAGACCUGGUCCCAGCAUCCUAAAACCAUCCUCACCGCUCUUGCCACGUGCCACCAAUACUCGCUCCACCACUGACUUGCAGGUACCUGCCGGAGCCUCUACAGCUGGAACCAAAGUCUCUCGCUUUAACUCAAGUGAUUCCCUCUCUUCACUUCCCUCAUUGCCUCGCCUCUCCUCCAUGACAUCCUCUCUUGCUCCUCGUCAUCAUCCUCCCUCAUUAUCCAUCCCAGAGGAAGACCCAGAGGAGCAGCGGCACUUGCAUGUGACAACUCCCAUCCAGCGCUCCCCUCUGGCACCACGACGGUGCAUGUUGGGGAAUCUUAUUACAGAAGAUGGAGGUGAAGGCUCUUUGGGUUCAGAACCCAUGGUCUUCCAAAGUCGCCGUCUGCCUGUGGACCGUGACGACGCAGCCUCCGACAUCUUGCCCGCCAUCAGGAGAGCUCAGUCCACUAGCAGCCUGGCCAGCUCAGUUAGAGGAGGUAGGAGGGCCCUGAGCGUCCACUUUGGAGAGCUGCCUCCCUCAGGCCGCAGCAGGAAAAGCUCUGAGUCGGAGUCCUCCAGCUCAGGUGGAUCAGGAGGAAGCUCCCAGGGUGGUGGGCCAAGACGCAGGAUUGAAAGGCCACAAGGAGAGAGACUAGAAGCAGAGGGCAGCGAGGGGGGAGACGUGGCUUCAGUCAUGAAGAAAUACCUGAAAAAGGAGACUGACUGAAGCAGAUGUGGUGCAGCCUCAGGUGUGUAGAUGUCAGCCUCUGUCCACAUCCAGCUUCAGAGACAGACUCCAGACUGCAGGAGGCUGAGGGAAAUCUUCCAACAUCGACACAGAAGCUUUUUGACUCUUCAUAUGAAAUUAAAGCCACCAAAAAUGCAUUUAUUCAAUUCUCUGUGACUCAGUCAACUGUAUUUUCGAAUAA